UGGACGCGGUUCGCGCAGUCUUCCCAAAAAGCAGGACACUCGUUUUCCAGAGCUAACUUACUGACCAACUCGGACAAGAACUCGAUCUCCGUUCGUGGCGUGUGUUUGAGAUUUGGAAGAAAGUUUGGCCGUUAUUUGUCAUUUUCGCUAAUUAUCGGGAUUAGCCCUGUCCGGGAGUUCCUACUAGUGACAACGGCAGCGCGGAAGAGGGGAAGUGACGAGCUCGUGGCUGCUAGCAAGAUAGUGUAAUUUGAGUGAAGGCACGAUCACACGAUCGUAAAGCGAAGAGAGGUUGUGCGAAGAAAUCGUGGCAGGGAAAGAGAAGAUUGGAGAACCGGUGGCGAUUCGGAUAGAGCGGUUGAGCAAAAGUAAAAGAGUCAACAACGCUGCACAGCGACAACGACGUCGGAAGAGAAAGAGCAAGAACAACCCGGUCAUACUCUUGAAGCGUGCUGUUAACGGCAUCGGUCAACACUCUGACGAAAGAAAACCAAUUCAAUAAGCAUCCAUCCGUCCGCCACACUCGACACUCAACGAAGAUACCGGUUCUCUGGAGUACGUAGAACGAGCUUAGAGAGCCUGAACGAAGCGAAUCAUGACACGGAACCUACCCUGCUCCGGCCCGUGUCUUGAAAAUCUUCCUCUCCAUCGGCAGCGCCGGAGCUGCACAUUUUUCAUCCGAAGUAGAAUCACACAUGUUUGCCGUCGUCUUACGUUGACCACCGCGCUGACGGUGGCUACCGUGCUCGGAGUGCUGCUGGCCGGACUGGGACCUGUAACGACGGCACCGACCAGCGGCAAAUGGAAUCUCAGCAUAACGUUUUCGAAACACGUCAACGGUGACAGAGUCAGCUAUAAAGGUAAAUUCGAUGCCCAACCGAGCGAAGGCACGACUGCGAGGAUAAUGCAGGCGUCGAAGCGGAAAACUGGUCGACAGGAGGCACUACUGGAGUACUUUCCUGCUGCCCCACAAGUGCUGGAUGAGGAUGAAUUGCUAGUUAAUCGACUGGGCACGGUGGUCGGAGCGGUUGGAAACACCCUAUCGCAGAUCUUCUUCGGUACGAACAAUCUCCGCUCGGAGGUUACGUUCUGGUGUGCCAAUCGGGAUCAUGGUGAAUUGAUGCAAGUGGUGGUAAAUGAUCCGGACGUGCACUACAAGCUGGACGUUUCGAAGCCGAUCAUGUUCCUGACGCACGGUUGGACCGACAACGUGAACAAAACCUGGGUCAAGGACACCGUCGGGGAUUACAUCGAGCACAUCGGUGGCAACGUGUGUGCCGUGGAUUGGAGCCGGUUGGCUUUGGUGGAGUACAAUCUGGCGGCGAAGAACACUCCGAAAGUUGGCAAAUAUCUGGCCAAGUUUGUCAAGUUCCUACUGAAGCAGGGCCUCACGAUGGAUCAGGUGACCCUGGUCGGCCACAGUAUGGGUGCGCACAUAUCCGGAAUUGCUGGGUAUUCACUGGACGGGACGGUACCGAUGAUCUUGGGCUUAGAUCCGGCGGGACCGGCAUUCACGAAACCGUUCCUGGUGUCGGCGAACAAGCGGCUGGACAAAAGUGAUGCAAUGUUUGUGCAGGCCAUUCACACUGAUAAGAACAUCAUUGGCUCCUCGACGAAUCUGGGCCAUCAGGAUUUCUACACCAAUAAUGGGGCGAGCCCGCAGCCGGGAUGCGAGUUUCCACUAGUUAACAAUGAUACCACCAAGUCGUAUCUUCAAUUCAUCUGCAGUCACUUCAAGGCGGUCGAGUACUUCCGUGCCUCGCUGAACCGCGUCAACAUCUUCGAGGGCACCAACUGCAACUCGUACCAAAACUACCGGCGAGGUGAAUGCACCAACAACACCCGAUCGGACUUUGGCCUGUUCAACAACAAACGAGCCCUGGGACCGCUGUACAUCUCGAUAGACAAAACCGUGUAUCCGUACGCCAAGUCGAUAGCCCGAAAUACAUGAAGGCACAUUGCG